AGAAGACUGAGCAGGACUGGGGACACACGACAGGCAGUCGCUGGACCUGGACCAAGGGACUCACUAGAACACAGACACGGCUUGCUCCAGAAAAGGAAGAACCUCACCUCUCUGCCUCCUAAAUACAAAUGUACCCUCCUUGGAAGCGGCCCAUGCCCCUGUCUAUGCAUGAGGACCCCAUGUACACCACAGCCUCUUUUGGCAUUGAUGUGUUCAACAUCACCACGCACGUCCUCGAGUCUACUCUUAACAAGAGCCUUCCAGAGAAUAGCGACUGCCCAGACACGGAGUGGUUGAGCUGGCUCAAUGCCAUCCAGGCCCCCUUCCUCUGGGUCCUCUUCCUGCUGGCUGCACUGGAGAACAUCUUUGUCCUCAGUGUGUUCUGCCUCCACAAAAACAAUUGCACGGUGGCGGAGAUCUAUCUGGGCAAUCUGGCAGCUGCGGAUCUCAUUCUGGCCUGUGGAUUGCCCUUCUGGGCCAUCACCAUCGCCAAUAACUUUGACUGGCUGUUUGGAGAGGUGCUGUGUCGCGUGGUGAACACAUUGAUCUACAUGAACCUCUACAGCAGCAUCUGCUUCCUGAUGCUUGUGAGUAUUGACCGCUACCUGGCACUCGUGAAGACCAUGUCCAUGGGCCGGAUGCGCGGGGUGCGCUGGGCCAAAAUCUACAGCCUGGUGAUCUGGGGCUGUACGCUGCUUCUGAGUUCACCCAUGCUGAUGUUCAGGACCCUGAUGAAGUACAACGAAGAGGGCUUCAACGUCACCGCCUGCGCCAUCAUCUACCCGUCCCCCUCCUGGGAGGUAUUCACCAAUGUGUUGUUGAACCUGGUGGGCUUCCUGCUGCCCCUAACCAUCAUCACCUUCUGCACGGUGAAGAUCAUGCAGGUGCUGAGGAACAACGAGAUGAAGAAGUUCAAGGAGAUCCAGACAGAAAGGAAGGCCACUGUGCUGGUGCUGGCCGUCCUGGGGCUCUUUGUAAUAUGUUGGGUUCCCUUCCAGAUCAGUACCUUCCUGGACACACUGAUUCGUCUCAACGUGCUGUCCGGAUGCUGGGUCAGGCAUGCCGUGGACGUCAUUACACAGAUCAGUUCCUACAUGGCCUACAGCAACAGCUGCCUCAACCCUCUGGUGUACGUGAUUGUGGGCAAGCGCUUCCGGAAGAAGUCCCGGGAGGUGUACCAAGCGAUGUGCCGGAAGGGAGGCUGCAUGGGAGAAUCCAUCCAGAUGGAGAACUCCCUGGGGACUCUCAAGACGUCUAUCUCAGUGGAACGCCAGAUCCACAAGCUGCAGGAUUGGUCAGGGAACAGACAGUGA